AAGUAAAGAAACAAAGAAGCUUUGGUUUUUUUUCUUUUUUUUUGUUGGCUGUUGUUGUUAUAAAUUUUUUUAUUAUUUUAUUAUUUUGUUCUUGUUUAAGAUGGGAAACGGAAUCGGAAGGCUAACAGUGUGUUUCACCGGCGAAGAGGGUCGGCGGAAACACCAUGAAAUACCGGUAUUACUAUCGGACCCAUCAGACGAGGGUCUGGGCCACUCGUUCUGCUACGUGAGACCCGACCCGACUCGUUUGUCUUCAUCCAAGGUUCAUUCCGAGGAGGAAACGACGACGUUCAAGACUAUAUCGGGAGCUUCAGUGAGCGCGAACACGUGGACCCCACUUUCCACAACCAUCGUCGACUUGUACUCGUAUCACAGCAUAGACAGAGUCGCCGCCGCCUUUGAGAGCUCCAAUUCCUUCGCUUCCAUCCCUUUACAGCCAAUCCCCAGAAAUUUAUCGGGUCCGAUGGUGUCGUACGGAAUACCCGGAUCCGGCCCAUUAGAAAGAGGGUUCUUAUCGGGCCCGAUCGAGCGUGGAUUCAUGUCUGGCCCACUCGACCGCGCUUCUGGGCUUUUCUCCGGCCCAAUCGAUAAUAAGUCUUAUAACGGCGGCGCCGGUGGAGGUUUAGGAUCCGAUAACCACUUCCAGAGAAGCUUCUCUCACGGUGCUGGGUUCGGACUCGGGUUCGGGUCUGGGCCAUUCAGGUCCAGAUCGAGGAAAGGGAAACUCAUACGGGUUUUACAGAGAGCGUUAUCGAAGACCCUGAUUUCACGAAUCGGUGGUGGGCAACAGAACUCGAUUGUCGCUCCGAUCAAAGGCGGUGGGCUGAAAGACCCAGAUUGGAAUUAUAAUGAGAAGCAACAGCACAAUGAGAAUUUGACGGUGAAUAGCGUGAAUUUCUUGAGCAGCGAUGGUAGUUUGGAAGACGAUGAGUCAUUGGAGAGUCAGAAUCUACAGUGGGCUCAAGGGAAAGCAGGGGAGGAUCGAGUACACGUCGUCGUUUCGGAGGAGCAUGGGUGGGUUUUCGUUGGGAUUUACGAUGGGUUCAACGGUCCAGAUGCUCCGGAUUAUUUGUUGUCCAAUUUGUACUCUUUUGUGCACAAAGAGCUUAAGGGCUUGUUGUGGGAUGAUGGGUUUGAAUCAGCUACAACAACGACGACGACGAUCGGUAAUAGUACUGCUGGUGAAGCUGCAGCUGCCCCUGUUUCUUCUUCCUCCUCUGUUUUUGGCGAAGAUUCCGAUCAAGAUUUCGCGAGGAAUCGGACGGGUGGUGAUGCUUGUGCUCACUGUGUGGUGGAGGAGCAAGAGAAUUAUCCGUGUCCAAGUGGGGAUGAUUCGAAUUCGGAUUUGGAUUCGCCAAAUCCAAAGCGAAAACGAGGUAGGAAUUCAAAGAGUAAGUACAGAGGCAAUGCGGCGAAAAAGUGGGAAGAGAAUCAGAGGAGGUGGAAGUGUGAAUGGGAUAGAGAGAGAGUGGAGCUGGACCGGAGAUUAAAGGAGCAAUUGAAUAAAUCCGGGUCGCCAUUGGCUUCCUCAAAAGCGAUCAAUCACGCCGAUGUGUUGAAAGCUUUGUCACAAGCUCUGAGAAAAACAGAGGAGGCUUAUUUGGAGAUCGCAGAUAAGAUGGCUGUUGAAAAUCCUGAGUUGGCGUUGAUGGGUUCGUGUGUACUGGUGAUGCUAAUGAAGGGUGAGGAUGUGUAUGUGAUGAAUGUGGGUGAUAGUAGAGCCGUGUUGGCCCAGAAGGCCGAGCCGGAUUAUUGGUUGGGGAAGAUUAGGCAGGAUUUGGAGAGGAUCAAUGAAGAAACAAUGCAUGAUUUGGAAGGUUUGGAUGGUGAUAGACCCUGCACGGUUCCAAGUCUGACGGCUUGUCAGCUCAGUGUGGAUCAUAGUACCAGUGUUGAAGAGGAAGUUCAGAGAAUAAAGAAUGAACAUCCGGAUGAUGCUUGUGCUGUGAUGAAUGAUCGUGUCAAGGGUUCAUUGAAGGUCACUCGGGCUUUUGGUGCUGGUUUUCUCAAGCAGCCUAAAUGGAACAAUGCACUUUUGGAGGCAUUCAGAAUAGAUUACCUAGGAACUUCCCCUUACAUAAACUGUUCCCCAUCUCUAUACCACCAUAAAUUAGGCCCAAAAGACAGGUUUUUGUUAUUAUCGUCUGAUGGGCUCUAUCAGUACUUCACAAAUGAAGAAGCUGUUUCUGAAGUAGAACAUUUCAUCACAUUGCAACCCGAAGGAGACCCGGCACAACAUCUUGUUGAGGAAGUUCUAUUUCGUGCUGCAAAGAAAGCUGGUAUGGACUUUCAUGAAUUACUUGAAAUACCACAAGGGGACCGGCGGCGUUACCAUGAUGAUGUUUCCAUAAUUGUUAUUUCUUUAGAGGGAAGGAUAUGGAAAUCAUGUGUAUAAGUAGAGAAAAGCACCUAUAGAGGACAUAGAAACAUCUACAAAGUCAGCAUUACCCUCUCUUUUUUUCUUUUCUUUUUUCUUUUUUUUUGCUGUUUUUUUUCCUAGUCACCUUUGUAAACAUUAGCAACAAAGCUUCCGGGACUUAGUUGUGCAAUUUACUGGGUGAUGAGGAGUGUAAAGGUGUAAAAGCUGGUUCUUGUUGAUUAUAAACUGCCAUAGAAAAUUGUAACUUUCAAAUAAAACAUUCCUCUUGAAAAAGGUUUUGUUCGGAAUU